CUUAAUGUUCUCCAUAUUUGUACGGACUCUCCUCCGUCGGACUCAGUCACCCCUCCUCUCUCUCCUCAGAAGCGUGUCACCCACCGUUUGGCGCGGCCGCGAACCAUGGGGAAGGACGGGGAAGGAGGCGGCGCGGCGACCGCCGCCCAGGUGGAGAGCGGUGGGAAGAAGGAGGGGAAGGGGAAAGGGAAGAAGGGGAAGGAGGGAGCUGACCGGCGGGACGACCCGCACAAGUGCUGCGGUUGCCGCUUCCCUCUCCUCAUCGCCGCCCUACAACUGCUCUUGGCCAUUGCAAUCACCGUGGUCGCCUUCAUCAUGAGGAGCAUCAGCUCCUCCCUGCUGCUCAGAGACACUCCUUACUGGGCCGGCAUCAUUAUCUGCUUGACUGCAUUGCUUGGACUUUAUAUGUACUGCAUCAUAUACGAAGUCGAUGAGCAGACGGCUCGGCAGUUUAUAGUAAAGCUGAUCUACUUCUUGCUGUGCACCCUUGGCCUGAUACUUUGCAUCUCAGCUGUGGCUUUUGCUGGUCACCAUUAUAAUCAGAUCACCAAGUUCACCUGCCAGAUGAACUCGGAGCACUGCGUCUGCAAGCAGGAUCCCGAGGAUCAGAUAGCCCGGACUUUCCAGUACAAUGAUGUUCCCGACUGCGACUCGGUCACCAGCACCAUCAAACUCUACCUACUGCUGCAGAUGGUUCUGAACCUAACCCUCGCCCUCGUCUGCCUGCUGGGCUGCUACGUGAUGUGGAAGGACAGAUACCAGGUGUUUUUUGCCGGCCUCCACUUCCACCCCUUGAAGACCACCAGCCAACAGCAACAGAAGGUGUGAAUAACCCAGCUGGGAUGGUCAGCCACAGAGUGUAGGCUGAUGCCAGAACCCAGUGCACAGGAAGAAAUUACUCCAGUAUUAACAUGUUUAAGGCUAGACUUUGCUUACAAAAGUGUGCAAUUUUGAGAAUGUGCUAUUUACGCAAGGAAGUGUGCUUUAGGGAAAUAACAGUCCUAUUCUUACAGGUGUCUAAUAACCCUGUUGCUGGUAUAGAGUGGAUUGUCUGUUUCAGUAUUGUGCUUCCACGCCAUAGCUAACAAGCAAACUGCUGUGGCUCCACUUUGCUCUCAGUAAUACCCCAUGAGGAUUUUUAAAGACAAUGAAGAAACUAGACUGUAAGUUGUUAACUGAUGUAGGUUUUAAAUGCACUCGAGAAACAAAAACUGCAGAUGCUGGACAUCUGAAAUAAAAACAGAAAAUGGUGGAAAUGCUCAGAAUUCAGGUAGCAUCUGUGGAGAAAGAGAUGGAGUGAAAGUUUUGUCUCCUCAUUGGAACUGGACAAGUGAGAAAGCAAGGGUGUUUCACUGCAACACACACAAACUGCUGAGGAAUUGAGUGGGAGAGGCUGUAUCCAUGGAAACGAACAAGUAUUCGACGUUUCGGGCCCAGGCCCUUCUUUAGGAAAAGGUGCACAUUGCAGGGACAGGGAGGGUUGGAGACCCGGUCUCUGGGUAGUCCCGGUGUCCUGAAGCUUUCAAAGGGAAGUAAGGAGUACUACUGAUGACAGCUAGCUGCCCCAGUGUGGUCUUCCUCCUCUCCUCUGUACCCAUUGACAUCCCUCUCCUCACCCUCCUCGAGACAGAUCAGUUCUAACCUACAAACAUUUAUUUCCCUUGCGUAUCCCACCCCAGACAGUGACCCUGUCCUCUCCGCCCCUCACCGGAUGUUAAACCUCUGGGUUAAAACACCCUUUUUUUUCUCUCUUCCCCAGUUCUGAUGAAGGAUCUUUGAACUGAAGUGCUAACACUGCCUCUGUCUCUCUCUCCACAGAUGCUGUCUGACCACUGAGUGGUUCCAGUAUCCCUCUUAUUAUUUUAAACAUGAAUAGCCUGUGGCACUGUGCAGUUAAAGGGUGUGAGACCCCUCCUCAGACAACAAGAAAGAGACUAAACUCCACUAGUCCCUGCAGAGAAUGACCUUUGCCUCAAACUUCAAAAUUGUUUUAGUUUUGUACAUCCCUAUCAAAUCAACUCUCAACCUCCUCUCCAAAGAGAAAAGCCCAAGCUUGUUCAACCCAUUCUCAUAGAACAUGCUCUUUAAUCCAGGCAGCAUCCUGGUAAACCUCCUCUUCACCCUCUCUGAAGCUUCGACUUCCUUCAUGUAAUGAGGGAACCAGUAAUGAACACAAUAUUUCAGGUGUGGUCGAACUGGGGUUUAAUAGAACUGCAUCAUUACCUUGCAGCUCUUGAGCUCAAUCCCCAACUAAUGAAGGCAACACACCAUUUGCCUCCUUAACCGCCCUGUCACCUUUGCUGGCUGAUCAUGACGUGGUGCUUAGUCGGUGAGAAUCUUGCAAGGCACCCAGUUCCGGUAUAUGCCAGCACCUAGCAGCACAGUUUAAAGGACCCAUGAUUUUUACAGCAUUAACGGGACUGAAUUGGGGAGACAGAGUGGCACAGUUAGUACUGCUGUUGGCUCUCAGCUGCAGUGACCCGGGUACAAGCAUGGCCCUCAGUGGAGUUGCACACUGUCCCUGUGACUGCAUGGGUUCCCUCGUCUGACCAUAAGACGUAGGAGCAGAAUUUGGCCAUUUAGACUGCUCUGCCAUUCCAGCAUGACUCAAUUAUUAUCCCCAUUCUCCUGCCUUCCCCCAAUACCCUUUGACCCCAUGACUAAUCUAGGAGCUAUCAAGCUCCUCUUUAAAUAUACCCGACGACUUGGCCUCCACAACCGUCUGUGGCAAUGAAUUGCACAGAAUUCCUCCUCAUCCCUGUUUUAAAUAGAAGUCUCCGUAUUCUGACGCUGUGCCCUUUGGUCCUAGACUCCUUCACUAUAGGAAACAUCCACUCUAUGUAGGCCUUUCAAUAUUCAGUAGGUUUCAGUGAGAUCCCCCCCCCCCGCCCCGUUCUUCUAAACUCCAGCAAGUUAGGCCCAGAGCCAUCAAAUGCCUCUCAUACAUAAACAAUUUCAUCCUUGGAAUCAUUCUCGUGAAUCUCCUAGGCCCUCUCGAGUGCCAGCAUAUCUUUUCUUAGAUAAGAAGCCCUAAACUACUCACAGUACUUCAGAUGCGGUCUGACCAAUGCCCUACAAUGCCUCAGCAUUACCUCCUUUUUUACGUAUAUUGUAGUCUUCUAAAAUGAAUGCUAACAUUUAAUUUGCUUUCCUUAUCACUGGCUCAACCUGUAAGUUAACUUUUAAGGAAUCUUGCAAGAGGAAUCCAAGUCUCUUUUCACCCCUCACCUCUGAAUUUUCUCCCAGUUUAGAAAAUAGUCUACGCCUUUAUUCCUUCCACCAAAGUACAUGAUCAUACACUUCCCUACACUCUAUUCCAUCUGCCCAAUCUCCUUAUCUGUCUCAGUCCCUCUGCAAACUCCCUGCUUCCUCAACACUACCUGCCCCUCCACCUGUCUUCAUGGCAUCCGUGAACGUGGCCACAAAACCAUCAACUCUGUCAUCCAAAUCAGUGGCAUAUAACAUGAAAAGAAGACUGACCCCCCUGUAGAACACCACUAGUCACUGGCAGCCAACCAGAAAAGGGUUCUUUUGUUCCCUCUCCUUGCCUCCUGAUAGGCAGCCAAUCUUCUAUCCAUACCAGAAUCUUUCCUCUACUACCCUGGGCUCUUACCUUGUUGAGGAGCCUCAUGAACAUCUUGUCAAAGGCCUUCUGAACUGCUCUAGCUUCCUCCCACAUUUUCCAACGACGUGUAUGGUCUGUAGGUUUAUUGGCUGCUGUAAACUAUCCUUUAACAUAUAGAAGUUGAUUGGAGUAUGGGAAGAAUGAAAUGGGGUUACUGUGAAUGGGUGGUUGAUGGCUAGCACCUUUCUGUGCUGCUUUUCUCUGUGUUUGCAGUGUAUUCCAGCAACUGCAAAACCAGUGGACAAAAUGACAAGUCACUUCAGGUUUUCACAAUAUUGUAGUAAUAAUUGAUAAUGACAUUUUUAUUUGAAAUGCUUUGUGUAGUGUGAUUUGAUCUGAUUACAGCUCACUGGAAAGCUAAUUCACAUGUCUUUGAGUGGACCAAUACAAAUCACUCUUGGUGCAGGAUCUAUUAGAGGUCGAGGUAAAGCAAUGUGGUCCGAUUUGGGACAAGCCUUCACAUGAUACCAUCUGUGCCUUUCAACGGCGGGACGCUUUUAUGGGCAGGCUGUUGGACAGAUGCCUGGAAAUCUGGGAAAGAAGAGGCGCGUACACACACACACACACACACACACACACAACAACAACAACAAGAUCUUGAAAUGCAUAGUAUCUCAGGAAUAAACAAAUAUAAGCAGGCAGACUUGAACUAGCAAAACUAAUAUGAAAUAAUUAUCUGCGAUGGUUUUAAAAAAAGCGAAUUGCAGGUCAAGGAGCAGAGAUCUGUAACCAUCUUCCACAGAACGAAAUUCGAGCCAUGCACGUUUAUAACCUUGCCUAUUUCAGUUUGUUAAAGUCCAGGGAGUUAUUGCAUAGGCUGGGAGAGGCCUGGGGUGCAGAAGAGGGGGAUCACUCACAACAGUGACAAUGUCAAUCCUAAUUUUUAAAAAAUAAAAGCAGCCUGUUCUUAAUGGAACAACUUGGGACGAGUGGAAUACACGUCAUUUGGUGCAAAGCAAAUCAGUGCCUGCAGUUGCUUUCUUCAGAAACCGAUGGAACAAAAAGGGCGCAUCUGCAAAUUAAUACAAGACCACUGUCCUCUUGCAGUAACUUAGCUGUAUUGCACUCUCAAAGAUUUUGUUUCACAGUUACAUUGAAAUAACACUUUAUAUAACGUGAUCAUUCUUUCUCUGUUUAGUAUAUCUGAGUUUCAAUGUGUUUUUAUAUUGCAGUUUCACUAUUGCUUUCAGAUGUCUAACCCAGUAUUAUACGAGCAUGACUUAACUUCAAUUUUGUUUGUAAAUGCACCGCUCAAAUAUUUUGACCCACUUGUUGGGUUGCUUGUGUGAUCUGUUAAUGGUCAAUAUCCUACCAAAGUGACUUUUCUCUGGACUUUACAUAUAAACUUUAACCUUUGUUGAAGCAAUUUUCUAUACAAUCUUUGUGUUAAAAAGGUUUAUUUUCUGUCUAUAAUAUUUAUAAAAAUAAUAAAGUAUCUAUAUAUGGAAUCUUGGUGUUGAAUGUAUUUUGGUCCCGACACUUCUCCUUACGACUCUGCAAGUCUGGUUGUUGCAUGGGCUAUUAAAGGCAGUGCUUAUGACUUCUCCAAACACAGAGACAGGCCCUUCAGCCCUUCACAUCCAUGCCAACCUUCGUAGUUAUCAUACCAGUGUCAUUUACUUGCAUUUGGUGCAUAAUCUUUAGAACAUGGAGUACCACAGCACA